AUGAUGCCCAGCAGAUCUGUGUUGGGAGAUGGAAACCACACGUCUGUGACCAUGUUUGUCCUCCUGGGGCUCGUGGAUCAAGCUGAACUGCAGCUUAUCCUUUUUCCUGUCUUCCUAGGGACCUACCUCAUUACUCUGAUUUGGAACCUGGGCCUUAUCAUUCUCAUCAGAAUGGACUCUCAUCUGCAAACACCCAUGUACUUUUUUCUCAGUUUCUUGUCAUUUAUAGAUAUAUGCUACUCUUCUUCCAUUAGCCCAAGGAUGCUUUCAGACUUCUUAAAAGCAGAGAAAACAAUUUCCUUCAUUGCUUGUGCCACUCAAUAUUUUGUUUUGGCCUGGAUGGGUAUGUCUGAGUGCUGCUUGCUGGCUGCCAUGGCCUAUGACAGGUAUGUGGCUAUUGGUAGCCCUCUGCAGUACUCAGCCAUCAUGGCUCCCAGUCUUUGCUGGAGAAUGGUUGCUGGUGUCUAUGGGAGUGGAUUCUUUAGUAGCUUUGUUCAAACAGUUGCUUGUUUUAAUCUCUACUAUUGUGGGCCAAAUGUCAUUCAUCAUUUCUUCUGUGACAUGCCUCAGAUCAUUCCCUUGUCUUGCUCUGAUCCCUUCAUCAGCCAGCUGGUUCUUUUCCUGGCAUCUGUCUUUGUUGGGUUUGGCUCUUUCCUUGUUAUCCUCUUAUCCUAUGUAUUCAUUGCAGUUUCCAUCCUGAAAGUGGCCUCAUUCAAAGGCUGUGUCAAGGCCUUCAAGACAUGUGGCUCCCACCUGGCAACAGUGACUCUCUUCUAUGGCACAGUCCUUUCUGUGUACAUGCACCACAGCUCUCAGCACUCCACCAAGCAAGACAAGGUCCUGUCAGUGGUCUAUACCAUCCUCAUCCCCAUGGUAAACCCUCUGAUCUACAGUCUGAGGAACACAGAGAUCAAGGGGGCCCUCAAGAGAGUGAUGAAGAAGGCAGCACAUUUACCUCAGAAAGCAUAGCAUCUGGGCAGGUGCCAUACUUAAGAGGAAGGCAGAAGUAAAAACAAUGAGGAUACCUUCUGUAGACCUUUCA